CCGUGGAGUCCCUGAGUCGUGUCCUCAUGAGAGCCCCCUUUGCCUGCAGAGACCUGUCCAGCCAUCGCUGACCUCUGCGACAUGGCUACCGCGGUGUAGCCGUGUCAAUCGAUCUUUGCGCAUUUAAUCUAAACAUCCAGCCGGGGGCAGGCCUGCCCACCCGGUCGGCCAUCCUCAUCUCCCUGUGUUGGGUGCAUCCUACCUAAUCCUCCUUUUACAAAGAGGUGAUGAGGCCUGAAGGGUUGGGCACUGGCCAGGAAGGCGCCCCGGGCUGGCUGCAUCUGUCCAGCUGCGCCGGGACGCCACCCGCCUUCCCGGGCAGUGAUAACAACGGCAACGUCUGUGGCCUCCCUCCAGGGUCCUUCCCACCGGCCGCGGAGCCGGCCAGCAUGUUCGGGCUCUGGAGGACCUUCACCGGCGUGGUUUUCUACCUCACUCUGGCUGUGGGCCUCGGGGGGCUGGUGGGGAACGGGCUGGUCCUCUGGCACCUGGGCUUCCACAUCAAGAAGGGCCCCUUCUCUGUCUACAUCCUCCAUGUGGCCACCGCGGACUUCCUCUUCCUGGGCUGCCAGCUGGGCUUCUCGGCCGUCCAGGCAGCCCUGGGCUCCAAGGACAGCCUCUACUUCGCCGUCACCUUUGUUGCCUUCUCCGCGGGGCUCUGGCUGCUGGCCGCCUUCAGCGCCGAGCGCUGCCUCUCCGACAUCUUCCCCGCCUGCUACCAGGGCUGCCGCCCCAGACACACGUCGGGCACCAUCUGCGGCCUGCUGCGCGAGGGCGUGCACCUGUCCACCUGCCCACGGUACCACGUGGCUAGCGUCACGUGGCUGCUGUCCGUGGCCUGCGUGGCCUGCGUGGCCGGGCUUGCGCUCUUCGUCUGGGUGACGUGCUGCUCCCAGCGCCCGUGCCCUCGGUUCUAUGGCAUCUUCCUGGGCUCCGUAUUCCUGCUCUUCUUCUGCGGCCUCCCCUACAUCCUCUACUGGGCCCUGCACCCCAUCCUGAACCCUCUGCCUGUGUUCCUCCCGCUAGCCACCCUCCUGGCCUGUGUCCCCUGCAGCGCCAGGGCGCUCAUCUACUUCGCGACGGGCCGGCAGCCGGGCAAGCGGGAGCCACUCCGGGUGGUCCUCCAGAGGGCCCUGGGGGAGGGGGCCCAGCUGGGGGCCGGGAGACUGUCCCUGCCCAUGGGCCGCAUGUCAGGGCCGGCCAGGGUCCCCCCAGCCCUUCACCAGACCCUCCAGGACCAUGUGUCAUCCUGGCCCCCCCCAGCUCACUGGCCCUGGGGACCCAAGGGCCGGGGGCAUCAGGAGAGCCGUGGUCUUGACUCCCACAUGCCCAGCCUGUGGAGUACAAGGAAGACCUGAGGAGAAGGCCAGAGACACAGCAGCUAAGCAGGGAGUCCCCAGGACUGGGGCGAGGAUGGGCACCCCAGCUCCCGCCUCCUUCCCCCCCUGCCACCAGCUGAGGGCUGGGGUGGAGGGGAGGCCGCCCCCCAAGGCCCACGUGGGCAGCUGGGCGGGGCCUGUCCUCGCUGAGGCCGUGCUGUGAUCCUUCCACUAUAGAGUUCUCCGGCUGCCUCACCCACAGGCUCCCAGCGCCCAGGUGACCCCUGCCCAGCAGUCUCCCCACCGGCCACCAGAUGGCGCUGCUUCCUCACCAAACGCACCCAUAAGUGUGCCCGCCAAAGCAGGGUCACUGCAGAGCCCGGCGCCAGCGGGGCCUCCCCUGCCCCUUCCAGCCCUGUCGCCCGGAACGGGGGUCCUGGACACCUGCUGCCUAGAGGGUGCUCUUGCCCCCAACCCCCAUCUCCAACUUCCCCUCCUCCCAGGAAUCCUUUGCUCACUCAUCACCCCCACCCAUCCCUGCCCAGCCAGUGUUUGCACCACCCUCCUCCCACUCCCCUGGGCUUCCCUUGGGAAGGA